AUGAGUGCCAACUUGUAUGGCUGGGCUGGCCUUUGCGACAGAUCAAUGUUAUCGACGCUAUUCGGUCUAUUGGUGACCUUGUGGGCGAUUUAUGAAGGUGUUUCACGAUGGUAUCAGUACCGCCGCUCCUGGGUCAAUGUACCGGUUGUAGGGGCCACGGGGUGGAUUGCAUCGUGGAAAGAAGGUCGAGCAUGGAUGACCAGGGCGACCCAAGUUCUGCAGGAAGGCUAUGAUCGACAUGGAGACUUUGCCUUCCAAUUUCGCACCGCCAGCGGAUGGUGGGUGUGUCUUUGCGACGAGGCGAUGAUCAAAGAAUACAUGAACCUUUCCGAUGAGUACAUGUCACUCAAUGCCUACGAUGAAGUGCUUUUUGAGACUCGAUAUACCGCGCCAGGGUUCGCAGACUCCCUCCAUCAUAUUCCCGUCCCGGUCCUCUCUAAAGCCCUCACCUGGUCCCGCGGACGAACCAACGGUAAAAACAAUGGCUAUUUCCAAGAACUUGUCGCCGAGUUGAAGCUAGCUUUUGCGUCCCAGAUGAAUAUGACUGCCGACUUGGAUACAAAGAAUCGACAAGAGAUCAACUGCCUUCAUGUCGGAAUGGAGUUGAUGCUACGCCUGAUUUGUAAAGUUCUGGUGGGCGAGCCACUUUGUCGCGACCCCCGCGCCAUCGAAUUGUUUGUUCGCUAUGGCUCGGCUGUCCCGGCGAGCGGUGCGCAGAUCGCCCAGUUACCAGAAUUUUUGAAACCAGUCCUUGGGCCUUAUUUCCCGGCGGCCCGUAUGCAACGUCAACUGGGUCGGCUAAUCGUUGAGCAACUUGAGCAGCAAAAGAGCACGUCCGGAGCUUCUGAGCCACAGGUGUGUGAAGCGCAAUGGCACCCCUCUCAAUCCGCUGUCAACACUGACCCAUCUUUGAUCUUCACCAUCAAGACUAUAGCCGAUUGGAUAUGGAGAUGGGUACAACAGCAGGACUCCGGUUGCUACGAUAAGAUGCACGUUGCGCAGCUCGUGGUUGCCGCCAUCUUUGGUUCAGUUCACUCGGCAGGCAUGGUAAGACGCACCUGUCUCAUCCGUCCAUUGGCAAUGACUAUACAUGAAUCAAUUAACACUGUUUUCGUCAACCUCCAGACGAUUGCGGGCUGCCUGUAUGAAUUGUGUCUCCGUCCCGAAUACAUUGAGCCUCUGCAAGUCGAGGCGGAACGGGCCGUCCGCGACCACGGUGCCAUGAGCAAAGAAGCUAUUGAGAGCCUCACAAAAAUCGACAGCUUCAUCAAAGAGUGCCAGCGGUUCCGACCCCUGGCUCCAAGUGCCCUCCAUCGCGUUGCCACACAAGACUACACGUUCCAAAAUGGGCUGGCCAUCCCCCGAGGUACCGUUGUGCUGACGCCUAAUACUCCAAUUUUACGCGAUGAAAGAUACUAUGCACGUCCUCAAGAGUUCGAUGGCCUCCGUUUUCACCGACUUGGCCAGGCCACAGGACAGCCAGAUACUUACAAGAUCACGGGGCUGAGUCCCAAAUCACGCCAGUUUGGCGACGGCCGACACACCUGCCCUGGGAAACAACUCGCAGCGGAUAUGCUGCGGUUGAUCUUGGCCGAAUUCUUGCUCAACUUUGAUGUAGACGCGAGUGAGACGGGGCAAAACUAUCCAACUUUCGAUCAGCAGGUGAUGUCUGUCCGAAAGCGAAGGGUUGGGUGA